GGCGGAAAGCGGAUAAAGAAGUUAUCAAAGUCGGCUUCAAGAAGUUCUCAAGAAGUUUUCUGUUGCCAAAAACGAAGAAAGACUGACCAUCAUAGAUGACUGACACAAGAGUAACUGCUGUAUAGAGAGAGCAACUGCAACAAGACAUCCACACCAAAUCUGCCAUGGCUCAGACAGAUCCAAUCUACACCACAGAUACAACCAGGGGCUUUUAUCUAAGAUCUACACUAGUGGAAGUGGGGACUUCACUUCUAAAAAACAUUUUUGAAGUGGAGGUCCAAAACAUGAACCCUCCAAGUCUUCGUGAGCAGCUAAAGAAGCAUGAGGGAUAUCUUCAUGGUGGAAAACUAUUCAAGAAACAAGGUAAAAAUCACAGGGUAAACUUAAAUCCUGGUCAGAAGAAAACACUGUACCCACCCAAUGGUGAUGUUCCAGAUACUGCACAGGGGUUCGACAUAUCACUCCUAGAAGUCCUUUUGAAAGAACUUGUUUGGUUAGAACUCAGCAGAGAUGCACUGUACUCAGUCGAGCGGGACAGACUUCGGCGCUUUAGAAACGAGAACUAUGGACACAUUUCAAGCACAAGCUUGUCUGAAGGAGACUUUGAUAGGCUGUGGGAGGAGCUGACCAAUAUUCUGGUUGACCUCGGCGGGGACAGAGACAAGAUUUCAGACAGGCUCAAUCCCAGCAUUGAUCCUGAAAUGGAGGAAACAUAUCUCAACCUGCUGGAGAAACUGUACAAGGAAGAUAUGGAGCUCAAAGACCUUCUCCUGGAUCAGGUUCAAAGUCUGAAAAGUUUGUUAGAGGAAGUUCGUGAUAGCCAGAGCCCAGGAACAGUCUCUGCUCCUUGUGAAGACUCAGAUUCCAUCACAGGUUCUCCCCAACCCUGUACCAGCCAGCUAAAGAGGAAGGGGGAGGAUGGAGAUGAGAUUCCUGUGAAGAAGCAACCAGCUCCUUUUGAACAGGAAGAAGAUCCUCCAGUUCAAGUUGGAGCUGCAGCAACAGGGUCUCCUUCAUUGACAGAUGUGUUGCAAACAUCUGUGAAGACAUACUAUGAGUUGACACUGUCUUACUUCAAGCUUCUGACCUGGAAUGACAACUUCACACUUACGCUCAGUGACAUCUUCACCCAGUUAGAGUUGGUACCAACAAGUGAGAAACAACUCAAAACAGCCAAAAACUAUAACAGGUCAGAAUCAAUGGGGGCAGAACAAAGGAAAGAACUGAAGUCGUUAGACGAUUUGUUCAACCCAAAUGUCACAGGACUGUCCACAGCACCAAGGUGUAUUCUGAUUGAGGGUGAAGCCGGAGGGGGAAAGACAACAUUUCUGUCCAAAGAAGCCCUAGAUGCUAUCUCAAUAAAAACAGAACUGGGCAGGCGGCACAAAAUCGUACAGUUGAUCCGACUUCGGGAGGUGAGAGAGGGGGAGACCAUAGAGGAGAUGGUGUGGGACCAGUGUGUUCCUGAAACAACUGAAGGUAUUGAUGUACAAUCCAUCAGAACAAUCCUCAAGGGGAAUGAGUCCCAUGUGCUCUUCCUGCUAGAUGGGUAUGAUGAGCUGCGGCCUGAGGCCAGGUCAGCCGGGCAGGCCAUUCCCAAACUGCUGUCUGGCAAGUUGUACCCCAACAGCACAAUUGUGAUUACCUCACGACCCUCAGCAGGAGUGCAGCAGUACACCCGGCCAGACUGUCAUGUGCACAUCAUGGGCUUCUCUAAAGAGCAUGUAGGGAAAUACAUGCAGCAGUAUUUCACUGUUGUUGGGAAGAAAGAACUGACAAAAGACCUUGUUGAAAAUUUCAAAGAAAAUGAGCUUUUGAACACAUUAAUACAGACCCCAAUUUUCCUGAUGUUUGUCUGUGUGUUGUGGGAGGAGGACCAAGAUAUGGUGUCUACAGGAACAAUGACAGGGCUGUACGACAACCUGUUGACAUGUCUGGUUAGAAAGCACUGUAAGCGGGAAGGAGUGGAUAUGCCAACAGAAGGGCUGCCUACAGAGGUUGCUGAGUCAUUACUGCAGCUCGGCAAGCUUGCACUAGAGGCACUGCUAAAGAAUGAAACCCUGGUUGAUCUUACAAAAAUAGAGAAAGAACAGGUGAAUUGGGAGUUGCUGUUAAAGCUUGGUGUGGUCUCCUUGGAGCUGUCCUCCUCAAAAUUGCAUCCUAGGAAACAACUGAACUUUUCUCACAAGACCAUGCAAGAGUUCCUGGCUGGACGAUAUGUUGCUCAUGCUCUGUUGAACCAAGACAUAGUAGAGCUGCUGCAGCUCACCUCCAUAACCAAGGUGUUUGAACUCAGUAACCUGCUUCAGUUCACGUGUGGCUGUGACUCAUGGGCAGCACAAGCUGUGAUGGCAGAACUGAGCAAUCUCAGUAAGAAAGAGUUUUCACACUUACAACCAGAUGACUUUCAGAAGUCCCAACUACCUAACAAGCCAGAGAUAAAAAUAUCAGUUGCAACAUACCGUAGGUUCAUGUGGCUCUGCCUGGAUAUCCUGAAUGAAAGAAAAGAGCCAGACAUACUGCAGGCUAUCAGCACAGCCCUGCCAGUGAUCAUCGUGCACCCCCGCAGAUACAGGGAACAACAUGGUGCUCUGAAGUAUUACAUAAAAUACAUUGGGUCAUCACAGCCAACCAAUAGAAUGAUUCUGGAAUUAUGUUAUCAUGUUGAAUGUUCAGAAGCUCUUCACUUCCUGGAACAGAUUGUCACUUCCCCUGUUCCCGGACUGCGGGUAGACCUAAGGCUUAAGUUUGUAAGUUUUUACUCACCUGAUGAUACAGCUAGGCUGGUUUCAGUUCUGAAGAAUGUUCCUGGUCUGAGGGCGCUGGAUCUGUCAGACACAGAGCUAACACCAUCAUCACUCCAGCCACUUGUGCAGGGCUUCAGCCACAUGUCUCUGUUAGAGGAGCUGGAUCUUACUGGGAAUGAUGCCCUUGGUGAUGCUGGGAUGGAAGUCCUGCAGGCUGGGCUGUCCAGUGUUCCACACCUGGCUGUACUCCGUCUUGGGAAAGUUGACAUGACAGCUGUGGGUAUGUCAUCCCUGGCUCCCUACAUGUGGCACCUAGUGGGACUGAGAGAACUGGAUGUAAGUUAUAAUUAUUAUACAUUCAGUUAUAAUCAUUGUACAUUCCUUGCCACUGGGCUGAAAUCUUUCACCACCAUUCUCCCCAUCUUCACAGCUAUGCAAAUGUUGGACCUCAGUACGAGUGGUAUCAGCCCCACAGGCAUGCACACACUGGUCCCUGCACUGUGUCAGCUAUCCAGACUGAUCAAACUGGACAUCAGUGCUAAUGCCAUAGGAGACCCUGGGCUAGAAUGCCUGGCUGCUAUCCUCCACAAUCUCACAGCCAUGAAGAUAUUGGGUCUCAGUACGACAGGUAUCAGUGACAGUGGAAUAUCAUCCCUGAUCAAAGCUCUGCCUCACCUGGUGCAAUUACAGGUGUUGGAUGUGAGUGACAAUAAUAUAGGAGACUCAGGGAUUAUCUCACUGAUGCAAACACUCUGCCAGCUCUGCAGUUUGGACAUAGAACAAAACCCACCUGGUGACAAGAGUCUGGCCACACUACAGGACCUGAACAUUGGGAGGAACAGUGGAAUAACAGGAGCCGGACUAGAGAGGGUCGCACAGAUCAUCAGCACACUGCCGGCACUGACUGAGCUGGACAUGUCUGGUCACGAGGACACACCUGCACACCUGCCUGACACCGCUGCCAUUUCUCUGGCCGAGGCUCUACCCAGACUCCCUGCCCUGCAGGUGCUGGACCUGUGGCACAUCUCCAUGGAGCCUGCAGGGUUCCAGGCUCUGGUGCAGGCUGGUGAGGAACACCCAACACUGGAAAGUCUGUACUGCUCUGAUGAUCUAGUUCCUGAGGGAGCGGACAGCACAGCCAGCUCCCCGAGGCUGCAGUAGUACUGAGUCCCCAACAUGCCGACCCGUUCUGUACAUUGUCUCAGCUGAGGUCAGCAUACUGUAUUCAUAAGGUUGAAGUAAAUUAUACUAACAUGUUGCAAACAUUCAUGUAGAGCAGAAUUUUGAAAGGACUUUUAAGCCUGGCCAUGACUAAAUAAAACAUCACCCAACAUCUGCUUGGAGACCAUA